AACAAUUAGUUCAUCAUACUUUAGAGUUGUGAGUUAGUGACUAUUAAUUGUCAAUAGUUAUUAGUUAAAUAUUUCUAAAUUAACUAUAAUUUUUAGUUGGAUUCGUUUGAAUUUUGAUUCUUAAGACGUAUAUCACGGAAUUAAGAUUAUUUUAGUUUUUUUCAGUUGUUAAUUGAAAAUUUGUAUUUGAUUUUCAGUCUGGGUAUAAGAAUCCUGAUUAUUUUUAAGAGGAUAGGUACUAAUUUAAUAACUGUUAUUGAAUGUACUUCAAAAAAAAGAAGCUUUCUCCUAAAAAAAUAAUUUAAAAGUCUUGAAAUAAUGUCCAAGCGAGUUACAAAUGAUCGCCCUGAUUAUUCUGAUCCUACUGAUGAUAGUGAUGGCAGUGAUUUUGAUGAAGUGAAGAAAAAAACUAUAAUGGUAGGUAGUGAUUAUCAAGCACAAAUUCCUGAUGGACUAUCCAAGUAUGGAGAUGAUCCACCAUACCAAAAUGUUGAUAAACUUCUUUGGGAUCCUCAUAACACAACUGAUGCAGUUAUUGCUGACUAUCUUCAUCAUAUUCAUCAAAUUUCUCACGGUACAAAUAUAUUACCUAAAGGUAAGCAUGUACGAGAUGAUGAAAACGCACUAUUUUUACUUUUGCAAUGCGGCUUUAAUACUGAAGAAGCAUUACGUCGAGUUUCAUUAAAUGAUCAAAUGUUUGGCCGAAGAGCUAUGAUGGUUUGGUCAGAAGAAGAAUGCAAAAACUUUGAAAAUGGCAUUCGUUGCUUUAAUAAAAACUUUUAUCUGAUUCAACAACAUAGAGUGACUACAAGAACAGUUGGUGAACUUGUUCAUUUUUAUUAUUUAUGGAAAAAAACAGAAAGGCAUGAUGUAUUUGCUAGUAAAGAACGUCUAGAAAAGAAAAAAUAUGCUCUUCAACCAGGUAUUACAUUUUAUGAAGACGGAGAAAAUUCUGUACUAAAUCAAAAGACAAAUCAAGUUGGUAAUUGUUUAAUCUACUGUGAUCCAAAACGGUUACAACGAAUGGAAACAUCAGGUGUACACGUCACUCUAGUGGAUAACUAAAGGGUUUGUUAAAAAUUAACUCAAUGUUAAUAAAUUUAAGUAUAAAUAAGACGUUCCUCUAACUAUUUACUAUAAUUUUAUUUGUUGAUUAGGUUAUUUAAAGUGAAGAUGUACUACAUUUCUAUCAAGUAUUAUUAAUAUUUUAAUUUCCAAAUUACUAAGUAAUAUUUAAACUUUUAAACUUAAUAUGCCAUAUUUUAUUUUGAAUAGGAUUUCUGUAUUAUAGACAUCUUAGUAAAUAGCAUAUUAAAGGCAAUUUCAAGCAAAAUUAAUACCUAACAGGGUAAAUCCAACAUAGUUUAACAACUAUAAUUUAUUUACUAAUGUCGUACAUUAUCUAGUAAUUAUUAUCAUAAGCUAAUAGAAAACUGUUAAAAUAUUUUCUACUGAUAAAAAUAGAAAUUAAAAAAUAUUUAUUCUGUUACAUAAUUAUUAAGAAAUCAUAAUAGAUAAUGUAACUAUUUAUAUACCACAUAUUUACUGAACAUAAUAUAUUUUAUGCCAGUUUUAUUGUAUAAACAGUACAAUAAUUAAUAGUGUUUUUAAUUUAUAAUUUAAGAUAAAUAAUUAAAUAUUAUUUAUUAAUUACUUUAGAUAUACAGUAUAGUAUACACCUAUAUAAAAACAAAUAUAUAUAGUGUAUUCAUUUAAUUUAUUUAUAAAAAUACUUAACUUUAAACAUUUAACUGGUGAAGUAAUUCACUUUAUAUUUAAUUUUUACAGUUUCUUAAAAAUACACUUCACAUGUAUUGUCUUAAUAUAUUAUUUUUGUAUCUUUGCUUUUUUAUUAAACUAGUUUUUUUUGUUAGUGGAGCGUUUUACAAUUCUAAACAUCAUGAUUAUUAUGUUUAAGCUUUAUUUAAUAUUGUUGUACAAAUAGAUUUUAGGAAAAAAUGUAUUCUUCUAUUAAUAUUAGAUAAAUAACUUUGAUUGUGUAACUAUGAAAGUAUAGUUUACAGGUAGUAUGUUUACAAAAAUAAAAUACACUACUUACAUUAUUUAUUAUAAGACGUCUGAAUUUUAUUAUCAAAUAUCAUAUUUUUAGUAUUAUAUUUUUGGUUACAAUAGAAAUCAUAUUUAUACAGGAAGAAAUAAUGUUAACUUAAUAGUACUAGGUACUUAACUUAUGUUGACUGAUAUUAUUCCAACAAAAUGUAAAAAUAGUUUUACUAAAUAUUACACUUUUGACCAUUGUGCUUUCUGGAUUCCUAUUUUAAUUUCCUAAUUCUUUACCUAUGUCAAUUUGAAUAUUAUAAUUUUUUCUUUUAUACUUAUCUAAUGUGUAUUUUUUUUUAUUAUGAAUUUUAUUUAACUAAAAAAAAAAUAUGAUUGUAACAUAUUUGUAAAUUAAAUAACAACAAUUUGUAAAGCAAAAUGUACAAUUUUGUCUUUUAUAUUUUUUAUGAAUUAUUUUAUUACAGAGUACAUACUUUUUGUUUUUUAAUAUAGGUAUGAUUUAAACUAAUGUUAAUCCAUUUAAAGUUUAUAAUUUUUGUUUAAUAGAUUUUAUUAUAAUGAUUAAUAAUAUAUUUUUUGAAUUAUUCAAUUUUUUCCAACAUUCAACAUUUACCGCUCUUAUUAAUCUCUAAUUCCAUUAUCCAUUAAAACAUUUUUUUUUAAGUAUUUUAAAUUAUAAUUUACACUUAAGUUAUUUUAUAGCUUCAUAUCAAAUAAAAAAUACCUAUUUAAUUUAAAAUUAAUUAUAAUGCUAAUGAAUUAUGAUAACUUUGGGCCUUAACUCCUAAGUUUUUAUUCGACAAAUAUAUUUUCAUAAAGUAACUCAUUUAUGUCGUACGAACAUUCAACACCUGGAAAGUCUACCAGAUUAUAAAUGUAGAACAUUUGAUGGAAAGUGUUUUUCUUGUAAUAGUUGGUUUUUAUGUUAUUAAAUUUUAGUUGAAGUA